AUGGCAACGCGUUACACCGAGGAGGUGCUUUUGCAUCUUCGUCUGUCGCCCUUGUGCGUCAGACCGUCAAACCUUCCACCUCCAGAAGAAUGGAUGGGGCCCCCUCCAGAUAAUAUUCGUAAUUCGACCAGGACUACCACAGACAACAGAUCCAAGGCUCAAGAUGCGCCGCUGGCAGAUUAUACUAACAGGAGACCUGAAGCCAACCGUCACGCUUCUCGCAACAGUGCUAACCCCGAUGAUAUCAUUCUCGGGCCGCCUAGGACGAGCUUCGCGUCCGCGUCUGCCCGCAACAACUUCAAACUGGGUGACAAUGACAAGCCGGCGCGAGAUCAGGAGCCUCGAGGAGACCGGUUCAACUUUCGUAAUCGGAACGGCGAGCCCGACCAAUCCCACGAUCGCGGAUCCGAGCGCUUCCGAGACGGCAGAGGCAACCUGCGUAGGCGCGAUGAUGGCGACCAAGACAGUGACGGCUGGAGCACGGUGAAGCCUCGGAAGAGCUUCGGCCACGAAGGGGCCGAGCGCUUUCAACAUGGACGAGGGGGCGCCUUCAGGGCGGAUCAGUCCCGGGACGAGCGUAAGCUGCGGGAUAAGGACGAUUUUGAUUCGACUAGAGACCGCCAACGCCGGCCUUUCGACAAUCACGGACGGGACAGGGAUGGCGACGAUGCCGACCCACGCUGGAACCUGACGCGAGGAAGAUCGGAACCUUGGUUCAGAGAUAACAACCAUGAUGACCGUGAUCGGGGAGACCGAGUGGACCGGCAGGACCGCGAGAGGCCCUCCCAACGGGAGCGUAUCGACCGCGCCAAGAGCUGGCGGGAUCGUGAUCAACAUGAUCAGCGUGACCGGGUCGACCGACACAAUGACCGCCGGUUUGAUCAUCGCAAUGAGCGUGACCCUGAGUGGCUUGAUGAGCCAGCGGGUGAAAAAGCCGGAGGUCAUACGGAGGAAGAUUUCAAAAAGUUUAUGGAGAGCAUGAAAGCUGGCCAGGGCGGCCCCAAGAAGUCAGAGAACACGCAGCCUUCACAGGCCAAUAACGCUACGGAUAACAACGCCAGCUUGCCCAAGUCUGAGCCGACAGUCAAGUCGGCGAGCAGUGAGGACAAAUUCUUCUCCAAGUUCACUUCUCCGGUGGACGCUGGAUCCGAGAAGCAAGAUGACUCCUCCAAGAGGGACAGCCUUCCAGGGGGUCAGGCUGCCAAGUCAUCGAGGUUCACUUCAUUUUUUGCGGCACCUCAGGCCCAUGCCGAGCCACCAGCGCCCCCUCAGCCUGAAGCUGGUUCGACCGCCCCAGUGUCCUCUGGUCAUUUGCCCCCAGGUGCCAAUGGUGGUGCGCUUGCGGCCUUCUUCGGAGGCGCUUUCGAGGCAGGUUCGAAUUCGCAUGCGCCGCAACAGGAUCAAACAGAGAAGCAGGCCUUUGCAGCUUUGUUGCAGAAGCUCCAACUCCAAACCAUUUCUAGCCCGAGUCCCACUGCGUCACCACAUGCUCCGCCUCCCGCCCCGGGACCGGAACAACCCCCAAUGGGUCAGCAGCAGCAGCCACCGGCGGCACACAAAUCGCAACAGCAACAACAACAAAAUUCGAUGCUUCCCAACCAACCGUCGCUUUCCCAGCAGCAUCAACAACAUCAUCAACAGUCUGUUCAGCAAGGACCGGGCCAGCCUUCGCGCCCGCAACAGCAGCAGCAGCAAUCCCCUCUUUACCAGCAACAGCAACAACAACACCAUCAUCUUCAGCUCCAGCACGCUAUGCAAGAUGCCCGCCAGAAGAACACGGUCCUCUCACCGGAGCAUUUUCAGCAAUAUGGGGGGGAUCGACGUGGCCCACAGCCCCCGCACUUCCAGGAGAUUGUCGGUGGUCGUGGUAUGCCACCGUCGCAGCCAGCGACUACACGCCCUGAACAGAUGCUUCAGGAUCUUGUGGAACAGCGUCAUCAAGCCCCUAGCCAAGGGAGCGGUCAUGGAGACAACAUGGCACCACAGGUUAACCCACAACACGAAUUUCUAAUGCAGCUUAUGCAGCGUCAUCGCAACGAGCCGGAACCCCGGAGAACAGAAGAGCUUCUUAUGAAAAUGCCACAGCCUCAGAAACAGGCUGUGAAUCUGCCAAUGAUGGCAGAGAGAGAACUAGAGUUCCAGCGAGAGCGCCAGGCGAGUGCUUCGCAAAGGCCUAUGAGGCCCCAAGGCCCACCUGGCUUGUUCGAGGAUCAGUUCCAUCGUCCCGAAGUCGACGGGAGACCUCCUCAGCCUCAGGGACAGGGCCGCCAAGCUCAAGGACAACCUCAACCGACUCAGAUCCUUCAGCGCCCGCCGCCUGGUCUUGAUCAUCAGAUGCACCCUGGCUUCAUGCCUGGAGGUGCUCAAGGUCCUUCAUUCGGACAACAAAGAGGGCCAAUGAUCCCGCCUCCCGGUCUUCCGGGCGGCCUGCCGGGUCUUGGCGUCCCCAGUGUUCCAGUAGGCGGACCCAUCGGGCCAGCAAGCCCCAGCCGUCACAUUCCUGGCAUGUUCCCGCCAAACUUCCCACUCGGCGCCUUCCCACCACCGGAGGCCAUGGUAGGGCCACAUCGGAUGCAACCACCGCCAGGCUUAUUCGGAGCUCCUCCACCACCAGGUCACCCAGGCUUUCCGCCUCCCGGUCCCCCAGGGCUUGCUGCGUUUCAGGGUGGGCCUGAUGGAAUGCCUUUGGGAGCCCAUUUCGACGGCCGUGGCAUGCCACCUCCCGGCGCUGGCGCGCAGUUUCGUCGCCAAUAA